AUGGAGAUGAAGGGAAAGAAUGUGGUGAUGGUAGCCAUGAUGCUUAUGCUCAUCAUUGUUGUCACCUCUGCCAAUACCAUUAACGAUAAUGGUAACGAUAACAAUGAUGAGCUUAUUACUCUCCCAUCACAAAACAUUCUCAUGCUACUCGAUCGAGUCAUAUCUCCUAAAAUCAACCAUAAUCUUGGUUGUGUUGAUUCUGCUAUUAGCAAGGGCCAAUUGUGUGGAUGCUCGAAGAUAGUUGAUAUACUCAACAUAUAUGAAGCAACUUCCGUACAGAAAAUUAACUAUGAAAAAUCGGAGGUCUCUUUUCGCAAAGGCGUAAAUGUUUCGAAACAGGGAGAGUUGGUUGAUUUAUUGCAGAUGCGGCCUGUAGUUAAACAUGAAAAAUAUCUUGGGCUUCCUACUAUCGUCGGAAGAUCUAAGAGAAUGGUGCUUGCGGCCUUGAAAGAUAGAAUAUGGAAAAAGUUGCAGGGCUACAAAGGGAGGCUUUUAUCGAGAUCCGAGAAGGAAGUUCUUAUAAAAUCAGUGAUCCAAGCCAUCCCGACUUAUUUGAUGGGGGUGUACAAGUUGCCUAAUAGUGUCAUCGAGGAAAUUCGUGGCCUUACAGCAAGAUUUUGGUGGGGAAAUUCGGAUUCUAGAAGGAGAGUUCAUUGGCUAAAUUGGGAGGUUAUGUGCAAACCGAAGUGUUUGGGUGGGAUGGGGUUUCGAGAUAUGGGAGUUUUUAAUAAAGCUCUCCUUGGAUGUGAAUGCUCUGAGCUUGCUGUCACUGAACCAGCUUUUGAUUUCAAAGAAAUGCUUUUGGAUUGGAAGCAAAAGAAUGAGAGAAAGUGCCUUGUUAAGGUUGCAUUCUAUGGCAGAUAUAGAGCCGUAGGAAUGAGAAACAAGAGCAAGUGCAAUAGCCCGAAGAAAUGGCUCCCUCCUCCUUCUGAUUUCGUGAAGAUCGACUGUGAUGCUUGCCUUAAGACCGAUGGCUGGAUUGGUCUUGGGGCUGCUCCUAGAAACGCUGCAGGGGAGGUCCUAUUUGAAGGGGGGUGA